GAAUUUCACAAGUCCUUGAUGAAUGUUUCAUGUUCUAAUAAAGCUUAAGAUAGUCUGGGAAAAUUUCUCACUCCUUCCACCUUUUCCACCUGAAGGGUAUAUCUAGCUUAUAUGUCUCUAUGACUUUCAAGAAUCUAUAUUUUAGUAAGAAAUUGAAGGAGUAGGUAACCUUGGAAAAUACCUUUGAUAACAUUCAAUUCCAUAGAACAUGAAAAGACCACCGCCCCAAGAGUUCAAGGUGAAAUAGUCAUGGAACCUCAUGGAGUCAUGGAGUCUCAGAACCUUAUCAAGAAAGGCAAAGUCCAGGUCAACAAGUCUAGCACUUCCCAGCUGAAAAGAAAAGGCAUUGUCAGGUGGCAUGGAGCUGUCUCCACCAACUUAUUGAACCAAAAGGUCCUUGUUCCCAAUGAGGAACUAUCCAGUGACAGCGAUUCAGGAUCCUUCAUGACCCCAGAGAAUAAAAAGAAAAGCUUGGGGCAGAAGAUGAAAGUUUUCUUGGGUAAAGUUUUAACCACCAGAAUAAAAGAAGCGAAGCCUGCAAUCCCCCUCCAUGCUGCGUCUUCUAGGAAUAAGUCACCAGUGUUAUCUCACAAACAGCAUCACCUUCCUAAAAUGAUUCAACACCUCUCACUGUCACGGGAAACGGCCAAAAGGUCAGGAAGGAGGAUCUCACAGGCUGCAAUUCUCCAAAUGGAUGUUAAUGUUGUAGAGGCAGAGACGGAGCGGAUCACCGCAAACAAACUCAUUGUGCGCUCCAAGAAAACCACAAGGCGUGUGUCUGUCACCUCAGUGCCCGCAGGCCUACAGAAGGGUAAGAAAAGGCAGUUUGCCCUGGUGAAAAGGAAGAAGAAAGCGGUAGAAAAGGUGAAACAUCAGUCAGAGUACACCAUUGGCAAUCUACAGAUGCAGGUUGAUGAUCUAAUCGAAACAAUGGCAGACAAAUCCAGCAAACUGCUGGCACAAAGGCACGAGGAGCUUCGGGAGUGCGAAUCUCUGGGAGAUGAAAUACUUCAAUGUUCAAAGCAAUUCCAGAGAGUCUCCAAGAAGAACACCAGAAAGUACAAGUUUAAGAAUGUUUGUUUCCCUUGUAGCUGCUGCUGUUACUAGUGGCUCAUUCCCUUCUAUGUCACAUUUAUCAUUUCAUGCGUCUUUUGCUGCAAUAAUGACAAUAAUAACUACAGUCCCUUGGCUGCGUGAUAGGAUCAAUUAUAGAGUAAAAUAAAGUUAAGCUAAGAAGUGAACCUAAUAGCCUCCCUGUGCCCCUUUUUUAUACAAUUUCCCUUCUUCUGAAUGUGAGCUACAAUGAAUAGAGUUCUCAAAGUGAAAGAUAAUGUGUUCCCAGCGCAAAUAAACAGCAAAAAGAGAUUUGCUAGGCUUAAGUGUCAAAAUGUAAGGAAUUAAAAAUAAAAGUUCUAGUGCCGCCUAAACACUUACUAUGUGCCCCUUGUGUAAAUGGUAGUACAAGAGAAAUCCAUCGAGACGGAUCCUGUUAAAAUGGAAGAUUGAUCUGGCAAGUUAAAGUCCACAUCUGUGUCAGCUAAAUCCCCAGUGUAUGCAUUUCUGGCCUAUACAGCCCUUCUACAUAUGGCCAGAUGAGCUGUGCUGGCUUCAUCGUUCCAUCUGUAUAAACAGUCUUUACUCAACUAUAAAAAUGUUCAGAAGACCAGUCAUGUUUUACGAUUCCUCUUUAAAAAGGCUACAUUCAUAAUUCUAGUAUAAUUCGUCUUAAAGUGUCUCCAUUACAGUUGAGCGAACGUACAGUAAAUGUGUCUGAACCUGACGGCUCAGUGGUUUAUUGCUUUAGUCUUCAUAAAGUUCUGCCAUUUUGCAAGUGCUCCGGUUGCCUGGAAAAGUCCAGGACGACGGUCUCUGGUCUCCAAGCACUGAACUCAUCUUUUCUAGGUAACAGGAGCACUUGCAAAAUGGUACACAUUAAAGCAGACUAAAGCAAUCGAUGGCAGAGCUGACAAAUUUGAGUAUGGACACAUUUACUGUAAGUUCCCUCAUUACUAGUCUAAAAUAUAUGAAUAAAUAAAUGUAGUGCAGGAGUGUAUAUAAUAAUUAUUAUUUUAUAUAACUUGAUUUGUAGGUUUGGUCACCCAAUAGCAGUACAGGCUGCUUAUAGUUCUGCCCUAGUAGAUAAAGAGCCCUGUUCUGUAUCCAGUAUAGAAGCCAGCAGAUGUAGGGUGUUAUGCGAGUCUACAGGUCUAUCUACUUUACUGGGGACAGAAGCAUAGGAAACA